GAUCACUUGGACAUGGAUAAUGAAUGGUUAUAUUUGGAGGAAAUGCAAGGGUCUCCGCCUUGGGGGUUGGAUUUUUGGAAUUUAGAUCAAAGUGUAAAAUAUGGAUAUAGUACCAAAACUAGUUUUUGGUGGAAUCUUAAUACGAGGGAAAUAUUUGUUAACCCCUCUGCACCAUUCCCUCCAAUUCUUCCAUCCAUAUAUACUGUCUGCUAUGGCUACGUAUUAAGGAGUAGUGACAACAGAGGAGGACAAACCAAAUGA